AUGGCAAUUGAAACAACUCUUUGUUGCAUAUCAAUUAUACUCACUCUCUCAGCACAUGUUCCUUUUACUUGUUGUGUGAUGAUUAUUAAGAUUUAAGGAGAUAGUAAAAGAGACAUUUCACAACCUGGAACCAAUGACCACUUCGAAACCCAUAUCUCCCUUCAGAUUAUCCUCUCUCCUUCGUUCCCAGAAGGACCCAUUACUCGCUUUCAAACUCUUCCUCAACCCAAACCCAAACCCGAACAAACCCCAAAACCGCCCAUUCCGCCACUCACUCCUCUCCUAUGACCUCAUCAUCAUCAAACUCGGCCGCGCCAAAAUGUUCCCCGAAAUGGAACAACUCCUCCAUAAGCUCCACCACGAAACGAUCUUCCGCGUCCCCGAACCCCUCUUCUGCCACGUCAUCUCCUUCUACGGCCAAGCCCGCCUCCCCGCACGUGCCAUCCGCACGUUCCGCUCCAUCCCCUCCUUCCGCUGCAACCCAACCCUCAAGUCCUUCAACUCCCUCUUAAACGCGCUCCUCAACUGCCGCGAGUUCCACUUAAUGACCCAACUCUUAUCCACCGUUCACCACUUCGGCACCCCAGAUGCGUGCACCUACAACAUUCUCAUCAACGCGUGGUUUUCAAUAGGUGACGUGGAACGUGCGUAUAAGGUGUUUGAUGAAAUGCGCAAGCGAGGUGUUCGUCCCAACGCGGUUACUUUUGGGACUAUGAUUAACGGGUUGUGUAAGAAUUCUCGUUUGCACGAGGCCUUCAAGGUGAAAGAGGAUAUGGUGAAGGUUUUCAAGUUGGAGCCUAGUGUUUCUAUAUACACCAAGUUGAUCAAAGGGGUUUGUGAGAUUGGGGAAUUCGAUUGGGCCUUUAGGAUCAAGGAGGAGAUGGUGAUGAGCAAGUUAAGGUUGGAUGCUACAUUGUAUAACACUCUUGUUUCCGCGCUUUUCAAGGCUAGGAGGAAAGAAGAGGGGUUGAGGGUUUUGGAGGAAAUGAAGAACAGUGGUUGCAAAGCGGAUUCAGUGACUUGUAAUGUCAUGAUUGGGGAGUUUUGUAGGGAAAAGAAUUUUGAAGAAGCUUAUAGGGUUUUGGAUGGGAUGGAAGGAUUGAAGCAGGAUGUUAUAAGUUACAAUGUGAUUAUUGGUUGGUUGUGUAAAGAGGGGAAAUGGAGGGAAGCAAUUGAUCUGUUUGAAGACAUGCCCAGACGCCAGUGCGCGCCGGAUGUUGUCACGCAUAGGACCCUGUUUGAUGGGCUUUGUGAUUGGAUGCAAUUUAGGGAAGCUGCAUUUGUUUUGGAUGAGAUGGUGUUUAAAGGCUAUGUUCCCCUUUCUGGGAGUUUGAAUAAGUUUGUUGAUGGGUUGUCCCGGGAAGGGAAUUCCGAGUUGCUAUCAACCGUUUUGAGUUGUUUGGGUAGAGGAAAUUGUUUCAAUGAGGAUUUGUGGAAAAUUGUUGUUUCCAUGGUUUGCAAACCAGAGAAGCUGUCAGAACCUUUUGAGCUUCUUGAUGCCCUGGUGUUGGGAUAGAUUGUAUUGUAAUCUAACAUUAGUGGACUUGGUAUAAAAAAAAUGUGCCCAAGUUGAGAUUCUGUUUAUCUUCAUGUGUACAUAGCUUGCUGACCAAAGAUAAUUAAUUUCUCUGAGUGGUGCUCCAUUUGUGUUUCCAUGAGAUGCACCAAUUGCUUGUUCUCAUAUUUUGAAGAAGCAAAGAUGUAAUCUGUU